UAGUUAGGUUCUUAUGUAGAAUUACAAAAUUACGGCUAUACCUGAAUGCACCAGAACGUGUGCUAACUCUACUAGAGGUUGCCCUUAGAGUAAGGCACAAUGUCUGCACUUUUUAAAGCCAGAAAAGCUCUGGGUUUGUGUCUCAGUGGCUGUCGAGGUCUGUCCCAGCUGGCAGAGCUCCCAGAGACCCACCAGUUACUGAGACAGACCUGCAGAGACUACGCCGACAAAGAGCUGAUCCCUGUUGCAGCCAAACUCGAUAAAGAACACGCUUACCCCGCUAAACAGAUCAAGGAGUUGGGUUCGAUAGGUGUGAUGGCCAUAGAGGUCCCAGAGGAUCUGGGAGGAGCAGGCAUGGACUACCUGGCCUACUGUCUGGCUCUGGAGGAGAUCAGCAGAGGCUGUGCCAGCACCGGAGUCAUCGUGUCUGUUAACAAUUCCCUCUACGUUGGACCUGUCUUGAAGUUUGGCACAGAAGAACAGAAGAAACGGUGGAUUUCUCCGUUCACCACAGGAGAGAAGGUUGGCUGCUUUGCCCUCAGUGAGCCAGGUAACGGCAGUGACGCAGGUGCAGCCUCCACCAUGGCGCACCAGGAUGGAGACCAUUGGGUGCUGAAUGGGACCAAAGCCUGGAUCACCAACAGCUGGGACGCCUCAGCUGUCAUUGUGUUCGCCACCACAGAUAAGAAGCUCAAACACAAGGGUAUCAGUGCCUUCCUGGUUCCCAUGCCUCACUCUGGCCUUUCUCUGGGGAAGAAAGAGGACAAGUUAGGCAUCAGAGCCUCGUCCACCGCUAAUAUCAUCCUGGAGGACUGCAGGAUUCCCCUGGACAACAUGCUGGGCUCGCGGGGCGCCGGGUUCAAGAUUGCCAUGCAAACCCUAGACAGCGGACGGCUCGGUAUUGCAUCUCAGGCUCUCGGCAUUGCUCAGGCUUCUCUGGACUGCGCUGCCGACUACGCGCUCAAACGGACAGCGUUUGGAGCUCCGAUCGGCAAACUUCAAGCCAUACAGUUUAAACUGGCUGACAUGGCAGUUGCGUUAGAGAGCGCUCGCCUGCUCACCUGGAAAGCUGCACUUCUUCGAGAUUCCAAAAAGCCCUUCACUAAGGAAGCCGCCAUGGCCAAGCUUUCUGCUUCUGAGGCGGCCACUUUCUGCUCUCAUCAGGCCAUUCAGAUUCUGGGAGGGAUGGGUUAUGUGACGGACAUGCCUGCAGAGAGGCACUACCGCGACGCACGCAUCACGGAGAUCUACGAGGGCACCAGUGAGAUCCAGAGACUGGUGAUCGCAGGACAGAUCCUGAAGGAGUACCAACUAUAGAUGCACAUUUUGUUCCAAUGGACGUUUAAUCUCAAACCAACCAACCCAGAGACCUCACAUGAUACUUAAGUGGCCAUUGUAAAGUUUUUCUUUCCUGCAUCGGGUCUGUGUAUUAGUGUUGGGCCAGAGGGGAUGACAAAGAGGCUUAUCAGAGAUCUUCACUGUGCAGAAUAUUCAGGGAUGGGUCUAAGCACGCUGAAAGUAUCUUAACUAAGAGUUAAAAGUCCAGUUCACCGGCAUCUUAUCUCCAGAUGGUUCAGGUCAGCUGUGCAUCUCUGGGAUGUGCUGCACGCAAACCAGCUGUUAUUGGCUGUAGCGUUAUAAAUAUAAAGCUAAUACAGAUAUUUGAUGCAACUUGGUGAUGAAUCUAUAGUCACUGAUAGAAUCUGACAUCAUGCUGUUUAAAAUCUGUGCACGAGGGACAUUUCAGCCAUCAUGUGUGUUUCUGGUUAAAGGUUAAAUAAUAACUAACUUGAUUGUAGAUUGCUGCUUGAACAACCUCAGUCUGAGGAAACGGAGAUUUGUUCUUACCAGAUUGAUGAUCUAACGGCUAAUCACAGUGACCAAGUGGUGCUUAGCAGCUCUAAUCCCAGAAAUGUCAUAUCAAUUCAUGCAAACAUUAUUUAAUGAGCUCUUACACUAUUGUAAAUGUACCAUUAUAUGGCUUUUUACAUAGAUUAUGGUGGCUGGUUGCAGCAGGACUUAGCUGUUCAUGAUAAUUUUUUAGAAUAACCAGAAAAUGGGAAGAUUUUGACAAUAUAAAUGUUAUAAAACCUGAAAUCCUGAGGACUGGAGUUUUGACAUUUAUUAAAUGAGUUGCUAGAGCUUCUGUUCAGUCAGAACUAUUAGUCUAAUCUCCUGUUCUCUAAACUGAGACUAUUUGUAGAUAUGACUGCAACACACUUUGGUCUUGGCUGGUUUGGACUAGCUGUUAGCACAUCAGUCCUGAAAGAACCUAAUUAUUUCUCUGGAGAGAGGCUCUUCAUGAAGCUUUUAAGUUAUUUAUAACUUUUGCAAAUAAACUCUUGAAGACUGUUUAAGUUAAAA